AUGCUCAGGACAGACCAGCUCAGCAAUGAGUGGAAGGACAGCCUACAACAUGCACAGCAGGAAGAUUCGGAUAUUAAGCCGAUUCUGGAAUGGAUGAAGGCCAGUGCUCCUAAGCCCAAGUGGAGCGACGUCUCAGCAAUGAGUUCGACCACGAAAAGCUAUUGGGCCCAAUGGGACAGCUUGCUGAUUCAGGAUGGAGUCCUGUGCCGUAAAUGGGAAAAUGGUCGGGGAGACAGUUGUCAUUUGCAAAUGGUUGUCCCUAAGGCUAAAGUACAGGAUGUUCUACAGCUGUACCAUAGUGGUUGUUCAGGAGGCCACCUGGGAGUUAAACGAACUCUACUGAAAAUCCGAGAACGGUUUUACUGGGUCCACUGUCGUGACGAUGUCGAGGACUGGUGCCGCAAAUGUACAAGUUGUGCGGCUGUAAAGGGACCUCAAAUUCGUAGUAGAGGCGCAGCAUCCCAAGCUAAGCAAAAUCAUGUUUUGCUUAGCUUGGGAUCCUGCGUUGCAGUUGAUAUUUUGUUGUUAUUCCAGAUCAUGUAG